AUGUCAACUCCGCCGCGCAAGACAACAGUCAAGGCACAGGACGUGCUCAAAGCCUUGACGCGCCACCAAGCCCAACAUGAAAUUUCCAUCAUAAAGUUGAGCGAGCCUAUUACAAGCUAUACACCCCAGGAGCCAAGACAGAGAACUUCAGAUGCAUCAAAUGCAUCGCUAGAAGGGCCAACUCCGGCAAGCCUGGAAGCCGAUCUAGUGCACUACAGCGAGCUCUUUUCCAAGCUGCGAUUUUCUUACGUUGAACAAGUCACCAAGGAGAAAUUCAUACGUGCCAUCGUGGGAGAUCCGCCCCUGAUUGUCAGCAUGCAGGAGAAUCUGGAGUUGGAAAAGCAUAACCUGGAGGCAAAGGCAGAGCUGAAGAGCCUCAAGCAGGACGUUGCUAACAUGGUGGAAGACUUGGAGCACAAAGCCCGCCAGCUCAGCCAGAGAUACGAAAGUAUCCAGCUGGACACAACUCGGCUGGAGGAGCUUCCAAGGAGGAUACAUGGUCUCCAGGCGCAGGUGGCGGAACUGAAGUCAUCCAGGGCCACGGCAGACGCGAACCCCGAUAUGAAUCUGCCACUCAUUAAAACGAGACAUCUCGUGUCGCGUCGGCAGGCGGAGCAGCAAGAAGUCACGCGUGAGCUGGAGGCUCUUCAGUCAAAAUUCCCGCGUAAGAGAAAGGAGGCUGAGCGUCUAGAGGCGGAACUAGGUCCACUGGAAACAAAGCGACAAAAUAGCAGGGCCGCAGCGCGUGAGGCAAAGCGAAGGAAAGAAGUAGCAAUGGGUGGCGUCGGUGACGAUCUCGAGCAACGAGCCAAAUGGUGGCGAGCAAGCGAGGGCAUCCUCACGCAGCUCUUGGGCACGAAGAGCUGA